AUGAGCCCCCAUUUCAAGCGUCCCAACCAGGCCAAUGUGGUCGAGGCACAGGAAGCUGCGCCUGAGCUUCCACCGGUAUCAUGGAGCAAGUCACCCAACAUGCGCAAGCUUUACUUCUACUGCAUGAUUCUUUGCGUCUGUUCGGCCACCACCGGUUACGAUGGAUCUCUCAUGAACACUUCUCAGCUCCUUGACUCCUGGAAGGCCACUAUGGACAACCCUUCAGAGGACACUUUGGGUCGUCUCAGUGCCAUGUACUCGAUCGGUUCCAUCGCUUCACUCCCCGUGGUACCAUGGCUCAGUGAUAGAUAUGGGCGCAAAACCCCCAUUACUGUUGGUUGCAUUAUUAUGGUCAUUGCCGCCGCCGUUCAGGCUGCCUCCAUGAGCCGCCCACAGUAUGAGGGAGGACGUUUCUUCAUGGGUUUCGGCAACUCUAUGGCUCAACUCUCCUGCCCUAUGCUUAUUACAGAAAUCGCGCAUCCUCAGCACCGUGCCAGGAUUACCACCGUCUACAACUGCUUGUGGAAUCUUGGUGCCCUGAUCUGUGGUUGGUUGGCUUUCGGCACACAGCACAUCCCCAACACCUGGUCCUGGAGAAUUCCGACCCUCAUCCAAGGCAUCUUCUCUAUCAUCCAGCUCAUGUUCAUCUGGUGGAUUCCUGAGUCCCCACGUUGGCUGUUGUCCAAGGACAGGAACGACGAGGCGCUCCGCAUGCUCUCUCACUACCAUGCCGACGGCAACGAUAGCGACUCCACUGUCAUGUUUGAGUAUGCUGAAAUGAAGGAAACUAUUCGCAUCGAAUUCUUGCACAAGAAGAACUCGUCAUACUUGGACUUUAUUAGGACUGCAGGCAACCGCAAGCGGCUCAUGAUGAUCAUCUCCCUCGGCCUCUUCUCCCAGUGGUCUGGCAACGCCCUCAUUAGCUACUACGCUGGAAUUAUCUACGAAGGUGCCGGUAUCACUCGCCAGACUGACAAACUGGGUUUGGACGCUGGAAACAAGGUUCUCUCCUUGUUCGUCUCCAUCUCAUGCGCUUUGUUGGUCGACCGUGUUGGUAGACGCCCGCUUUUCCUCGCUGCCACCGGUGGUAUGCUCUUGUUCUUGGUUUGCGCUACCAUCACUGGUGAGCAAUAUUCGGAGAAAGGUACCCUUGCAAUUGGCUACGUCAACAUUGUCUUUGUCUGGCUGCACGGUGUCGCUUACUCCCUGGCUUGGUCUGGUCUCCUGGUUGCCUACACCGUCGAGAUUCUGCCCUACAAGCUCCGUGCCAAGGGUGUGUUCAUCAUGAACAUUUCCGUUCAAGUCGCCCUCACGAUCAACAACUACGUGAACCCUAUUCCCAUCUCCGAGGGUGGCGGCUGGUACAAUCAGAACUGGAAGCUGUUCGCCUGCUAUGCUGGCUGGGUUCUUCUCGAGUUGAUCUGGGUCUACUACUUCUAUGUCGAGACUCGUGGCCCCACUCUCGAGGAGAUCGCUCGUAUCUUCGAUGGCGAGAACGCAGAGGUUGCUGACAUUGACAUCGAUGGCAAGGGUAUCACCAACCGCAGUGACAGCAUCAAGGAGCCUCAUGUGCAAAUCGAGAAGGCAUAG